AUGUCCCAGUCAAUUGAUCGUCAGGCGUGGAGCACAGAAAGUAAUAGUGCAGACGAAUUGCAAAAUGGGGGGACUCAAUCGCUGCCACUGCCGUCGCACUCAUCUACCCUGUUGAAUUUGCAGAACUCCUCAACUCAGAUCAAUCCUCAGUCAAGACGGCUGCGUUUAAUGGGAUUUGCUCGCGCUACUCGAGAUCACUACAUGCCAAAGAUAUCAUCCGUGGCUCAAUUGGCUUCCACUGGCGUUUCGAGAUCUACUCCAAUUGAGUAUGACGAGUUGGGGCUGCCUUUGACCUUCCCGAAUGGGACUGUUCUUACACUCUUUCCCUCAUUCACACGCCCAGUUAGCGCGGAUGACUCCCCGACAAAACAAGACGGCUAUAUGGUCAGCGUGCGUGGCUGGAUGUGGUGUCCUGGCUUGAUGUCCAGGAAAAAUCGACUCGUUCUAUCAUUAGCUAAACAAUUGACCAAAGGCGGUGGCGAGGAGUUGUCGCAAACUGCAAUUGAAAAAUUGAGCCGAGAUACAGCGUCUCUUCUGGAGGCAGAAUCAACAUCAGACACAGAUUCAUUUUCUUCCUCAUCAUUCCGAGAACCCAGUCAUUCCAGCUCGAGCUCAAUCGAUAAUCUCAUCAAAGAAAGACUAAGUUCUUUUAUUGCAACGUCAAUUGCAAAGGCAAGCCUCCAUUUGGUGGUUGGUUCUGAGGACUCAGCUAUGGCUGACAGCUUGGUAAAAGCACAAUUAUUCACUGAUGGUAGAGGUCAUUUCGAAAAGGAACUAUUUGUUCCUUAUAAACCCUCGAUAGUUCAAGUGAAUGCAACCGUAGAUGAAUCGGUUUACGCAUUUCAGGAAGUAACAAUAGUUUCACCUGCUGGAUUUGGAAUCAUCAGUGAUAUUGAUGACACCGUCAAACAUACUGGAGUGAUUGGUGACAAACGAGAGUUAAUGAGCAGGCUUCUUACAGGGCAAAUAAGUACUUGGAACAUCCCAGCAGUUGUCAAAUGGUACCAAGAGAUGCUUGCAAUGUCAAGCGCGACAUUUCAUUACGUCUCCAAUUCGCCUUGGCAACUCUACAACAUAAUUCACCAAUACUUCGAGUCUGUAUGUUUGCCUCCUGGCCUGAUCCAUUUGAAGCAGUAUUCUGGCAAUAUCAUAGCUUCAUUGAGGGAGCCCUCGUCUUCACGAAAAAGAAACACCUUAGUCAAAAUCUUACGUGAUUUUCCGCAAAAAAAGUUUCUUUGCAUUGGAGAUUCCGGGGAGCAUGAUUUCGAGGCAUAUGUAGAUCUUGCAAAAUCCCACCCAGGCCGGAUUUUGCUGAUAUACAUACGUGCUAUCCCGGGUUCUUUCUCGCUAAUCGAUGAUCGGGCAAUUCUCACAAAACUCCAAUGGAUGACUUCUGAAUGGAAACGGCGCGAAGCAUCCAAGGCUUCGGUGAAAAAAUCCACUUCCGACGCAGAUCUUAUCGACCUUGACCUGGAUAAUAAGUCUCAAGUCUCAAUUUCCAGAUCGCAGAAAUUGCCGCCACUUGUUCCCAAGAAGCCAAUUGCAUUGAGAUCACAAAGUGUGAAAACUCCUCCUCCAAUCCCUGAACGGAUAAGUCGACCCAUGAGCAAUCCUCAAUUGAGUUCCAGAAAUACUCUGUGUGAACCUGAAGAGGAACAGACGGAUGAACGACCACCCACCCCUCCUCCAAGACCUACGAAAUUCGCACAGGUAGAUUUUGAGCCUGUAAAUAAUGAAUUCAGGAAUUUCAACACUCUUUUUGGGGUCAGAGAUGACUUCGAGUUGGAGGAGGUUGACGAGUUGGGAGCUCUUUGGAUCGAAAAGCUCAGUAUAGCAUUGCACGAACUUGAAAACACAGGAACAACAGUCGAGUUUUUCGAAGAUGGAGAUGAGGAAUUUUUCAAAUCGUCCUUGGAGAGUUUGAGUUCAGGAUCGAAAGUUUAA